UUUCAAACGGAUCCCGCACUAGAUCCAGAUAGACCAGGUCUACUUUAUCACCUACCUGGUACACUACAUUUCCACAACAUAACCCUUCCCCACAAGGAAACUCAUUUUUGGUAACGUCUUAGAUAUAUUAGUCUGCUUUCACUGGAAGACGUAAGAGACCUACAUCCCUUGAUAAUCAAGCUUUCAUAUGUUCCGAUUUCUACUAGCAAGCUUCAAACGAAUCAGCUACCUGGGGCCUGAUAAAACGAGUCCUUGAAAUCGGUGCAAUGCUCCUAAAUCUGCCCACAGAACUAAUACAGGUCAUUCUCCAACAUUCUACAACGCCGGCCUUCUUGCAGGCAGCUUUUUCUUGUCGCACACUCUAUGCCAUUGCUUCCGAAUGUCGGGAGCUUGUCUUGUACCACCUGCAUCGAACCCCUGGGCUGAACGAGGGUCUUCUAUGUUUCGAUUCAAAGCAAUUGUUCCAGGUGCUUCAGAGACGCGCAUCCCAGCAACUGUACGGUGCGCAGUUCACUGCAAAUUGCACUCACUUCAAUUUCGGGACAUCAGCCCUAGAUGUUAAAGCGUCAUCGCUGGCCCCCUCUGAUCACCAAAGCCUUGCACUUGUCCUCAAGGGCCAGGAGGACGUUCAGCUUUUCUGCUUUGAAAAUGGACAACUUCGGCUUAAAGCUUGCUUGAAACCACCCUGGCUCCAGUCAGGAGUAGUCGAGGUUUUGAAAACAGCCUUUGGUGCAGACGAUGGCCUCUAUGUCCUCCAACGCUUCACGCCUGCGGUCGAGCAGGGUAGUCUGGACUCGGAGCAUCCUUUUAUCAAGCAGGCAUUACAAUCACGUGCUAGAGGGCAGAUCUAUCUCGUUCGUUAUUCCCUCGGAUCUCGCCAUGACCCUGUUCGCAUUUGUACGUUUCCGGACCAUGCUGAGUAUGUACCUUUGGCUCUUGCCGCUGCCCAUCGAGAUACUUUUGCAAUUUCCUGGCAUAAUUCUGGCGGAGCCUACGAGGUGGUUCUUUACAAUGCACAAAACGCAUCUAGCAGCCACAGUCCGUCAAAUGUGGUCGACUUCAACUACGAUUCUUGUGUCCUUGUAGAUCGGGCUGGACCGCUUCCGGGCGAUGAUGUGUAUCUUCGUGCAAGACUGGCCGGGUCCCGUUUCAAUAAUGAGAGAGGACCUAUCGCAGACCUCGCAUUUAACGAUAGAUCAACCCAAUUACUCUAUUACCACCGAGCUCAACCCAUUUACGGGUCAUUCCAAAGGAUAAAUAUGACUUCUUUUCCAGUCCAGCCUCCACUAUAUGAAAACUCAUCCCUAGUACAAUUCUCAGGUUCUCUGAGUCUUCUCUUCUCAAUCGCAAUUCCCUUUUAUGGGACCCAUGAAACGCGAGUGGAAGAGAACGGUCAUUCCAGGUGUCACUGGAAAUACCUUGCCUUCGGAAUAGCCACUCAUCGAACAGAGGACUGGACCAUCGCCUGUUUGCUGAAAUCCGAAGCGGUCUGCUCAUCUGAGCGUUGCGGACAUGCCUUGAACCUUGAGCGCGGGCGGCGAUUUCCUGACUGGACGGUAGUUGCACGACUUUGGGGUUUCCAGGAUUCGACAAAUUCCCUUGGCUGCAAGGUUGCUGCUUCGAAGCGUGGAACACGGAUCGCUGUCGCUAAUUGGAAUGUCUUGUAUAUUUGGGCAUUGCAGCCAAGUGCACUCAUCGAGCAAAAUGCAAACGGCUAUUAUCCGCCCCUACUGCAGUCCUCAGGUUCGGGUAUGACUGAACUGCGUCCAAUCGUCCUCCCACUAGAUGCUGUCUGCUUCAAACUAAAGUUCACUGAUGCGGAAGACGAACUGUUAGCUGUCACAGACCGAGGGUUGAUGUACUGGGAUCUCAGCCCGUCAGGCAGAGGGCAAAGAAUUACAGAGCAACUAGCCACGUAGAUUCGUGAUUCGAGAUCAUAUAAUCACUAGGCACAAAAAGACACAAACAAGUGGCUACUCCUUUAACGUAUUCAAUAAAUGCUCAAUGCUAUGAUAGACUAGAGAUUCUGUCGAGAAGGAUAAAAGAGCAAGUCGAGGCGAAAUGCU